AUGGACAAACCGUUCGACAUGGUCGAUAAAGAGUCCGCAACGUCAUCGUCCGGUGCCUUCCUACUGCCGACCGACAGUGAAAUCCUCGAAGGGUUCCUAUGUCCGAUCUGCAAGAGUGAUCUCCGCACGCCGGAACGUCUGACGGUGCACGUGGAGCACGAACAUUCCGAGGAGCAGGAUCUGCUGAAAUCGCUGAAGGAAAUAUUCAGCAUCGCCCGGCAGGGUAUACUACUGAAGGGCAAGAAGAAACCGGUCCAAACCGGCGAUGGUGGCGGUGAUGCGACCGCGCCAAAGUUCGGGUCCGAGACAGGCGUUGCGUUCGGAAGUGCCGGCACGGCUAAUAAUCCGUUGCUGCAACCAGGCAAUCAAACGAUCGGUUGUAGCUGUGAGCAUAUGGCCUACUUUAAAGCAGUGCGUAGUCCACGGCUUGAACGGUAUGCGGCCGAGACGAACAAAUUGAUUAUCCGGCUGGAUAAGCUGCUGGACGGGCUACCGACCGAGCCGGAUCAGAAGAAACGGCACGAACAGAGCAAGGUACCAUGGAUCGACGGGAAGCUGGUGAAGCUUUGCCCGACCUGUGCGAAGAGUUUCGGCAUAACGCGCCGUCAGCAUCACUGUCGCGUGUGUGGCUCGGUAAUGUGCGAUGGCUGCUCGCGCUAUCUUACCCUGGAGGAAGCGGGCAGGUUGGUGAACCCGAACACCAUCAGCCCGGCGUCCGGUGGUGCAUUACCGGAACCCACCCAACCGGGUGCACCGGUGAACGAGUCGAGCCACUUUCGGGUUUGCGAACACUGCAUGCGGCUGCUGCUGAUCCGGAUGGAGACGCAGGACUGGAAACGGGAACGUCCGCUGAUUAGACAGUUUUACGAAACGCUCCGCAAGGAGCGCACCGACAUCGAGCCCCACAUUGGGAUGUAUCGGCGAAUACUGGACAGUUUGUACGAGGGUGACGUUAUCUACCGGCUGUCGGAUGCAUCCACGCUCCGGGAAAAGAUUGGCCGUUCGGCGGAAAAGUUAGACAACGUCAGCAAGAGUCUGCAGACGCUCCGUUCCGCCGUCGGUAGUCGCGAGGAUGUACUCAAGAAGGCUAUCCGACUCGGGUGUAUUUCGUACAUCAAGGAGCAGAUGCUGUCCAUCCCACCGCUGCCGGUAGAGGACGAGAUCAAAAAGAUACAGCAGCGCAAACGGCAGGAAACGGAACGGCGCCUCGAACGUGAACGACAGCUAGCGCUGGAAGCGUUUGAACGGCUGGAAUUACAGUCGGGCGGAAGCGGUGAUGCCGGUGCCGAUCGUCAGAAUGGAAGUUCCUCCAGCUCGAGUACCGCAUCGACGGCGGAAAUGACCAACGGUCGAUACGGUGCGGCCGUCUCAACGAUGGACAAUUGGACCGGUACCCAAACCGGUCCAUCCAACACCACGUCCGACCCGCUGAUCGAUCAGAUCAACAUCGUGAAGGGCUACAUCCGGCAGGCUCGGGCAGCACUCCGUUUCGAGGAGGUGGCCACACUCGAGCGCAAUUUAAGCGAGCUAACGCAAGAGUUCUAUUACCGGCAGCGGUUGGACUCGGAUACCAAACAACCGGAAGCCCAAUGA